AUGAGAACCUCAAUCACAAUUAUUUCUCGGAGGAUAGCGCCCAUCCACCGACGAGCUUUCCUCUCGUUCCGCCGCUCUCUCACAUCCUCAUAUAACCGCCGAGUAGCCGACGACAAGUCUCCCUUCGCCAGUGGUCCAGCACCACCACGACUCCCCAAGGAAGAGCAAGAAAUCUUCGAAAGACUUCAACGAGAAUCAACGGGCGCUUUUAGUACUCCAGUACGCACACCUCCGAAGGUGAAUCAAUCGCCGGAUUCCGUCGCCACUACGACUCCUCAAGCGCAAGACGAUUCAAGUACACAAACAGAUGAAGAGUUGUUUCCGCAUCUUAGGCAGACUGUGAAGCCUGAGUUUGAAGGUGAUAUAAAUCCCAAGACUGGGGAAGUUGGAGGACCGAAGAAUGAGCCUUUGAGAUGGGGUCAUGAAGGGGAUUGGAGUUAUAAUGGUCGGCGGGAAAUCUUCAGUGUUGCUUGA